AUGGGUCCGGGCUGGAGCUCCAGACUUCUGGCACUGAGUCUACUGUUUCCCAUAGACCCUCUAGGUAUCCUUACCUUCCUCCUUGGCUGGGGGCUCCCUGACUGUAAGGGCAGUCGCAUUGUUGGGGGCCGGGAGGUGAAGCCACACUCCAGGCCCUAUAUGGCUUCCGUGCGCUUUAUGGGUGAACACCACUGCGGAGGGGUGCUCUUCAUGGCUCAGUGGGUGUUGACAGCGGCCCACUGCUUCUUCAACAGAGACAGUAGCCUUGGCCUGGUCGUGCUGGGUGCCCACUCCCCCAGCAACCCUGAGCCCACUCAGCAGGUGUUCGGCAUCCAGCGCUCCAUCCUGCACCCAGCCUAUGACCCUGUGUCCCAUCAGAACGACAUCUGCCUGCUGAAGCUAAGUCGCAAGGCUGUCCUCAGCUCCUCAGUGGGAGUGCUGAAGCUGCCCACAGCGGGUGUCGACCCCAAGCAGGGCACAAAGUGCCUGGUGUCAGGCUGGGGCUCUCUCUCUGACUUCGGGGAGCCUCCACCGGGCCUGAUGGAGGCAGACGUGAGUGUGCUGGGUCGGGAGACCUGCAACCGCUCCUGGAAAGGCCAGGUCAGCAGCACAAUGCUUUGUGCCAACAGUGGGAGCUGGAGACACAAUGGUUUCUGCACGGCGGACUCUGGAGGGCCCCUGAUCUGUGGAAAACAAGCCCAGGGCAUUGUCUCCUUCUCCGGCACCUGGUGUGGAGACCCCAGGACCCCAGAUGUCUAUACACUGGUCUCUGCCUACAUCACCUGGAUCCAGGGUGUGAUCCAGAACUCCAAAUAG